AAACAAAAUAAACGCGGUUACACAUCACUCACAAAGUGAAGUUUUUUGACUCAAAAUGGAGGCAGUAGAGAAGAUAGACAUGUCGCUAGAUGACAUAAUAAAACUUAACAAGAAAAACACAAGGACAGCUGGAAAUAGAGGAGGCAGAGGACAAGGCAGAAGGGGACAGGGAAACAGAGGAGGAUUUACUAAUAGAGGAGGUUUUAGGGGAAAUACAAACAGAGGAGGCAUGAAAAGGGGAAAUACUAAUAGAGGAGGCACACAGAGAGGAAAAACAGGCAGAGGAGGUGUAAUGUGGGGCUCAGGCCAGGGUUCUGGGGUCAGUAGAGGGUCUAAAGGUGGUAAUCGGGGGAAAAGACAGGGAAGGACAAAUACUGCAGUGGACAAUGUCAAGGGAAGAGGUCCCAACAAAUACAAACAGCUGAGGACCAAUCUCAUGAGGAGAGGAAAGGGUAGGGGAGCUAAAGGUGUGAGUCCACUGAACAGAGUAAAUACUAGUCAGAAUCAGGAACAAAGGCGACCAAAUCAGCAAAAGAACAGGGCAUCAAAUCUAGGUCAGAUCAAGUCCCAGGCGCUCAGUGCUCUUAGACAAGCUAGGCUUACACUAGCUAAGAUUUCAGCCCGUGAAAAGAGAGAAAAUAUUGUCAACCAGCGUAGAGGAAUUCAGACAAAUAACCAGAGCCCUAGGAGACAGCAAUCAUUGAACAGAGGGGGUGGAAGAGGAGGGGGCAGGGGUCGGGGAGGUGGAAGGGGUGGUUUCCGACGUAGAUGGAGGCAGCCAAAUCAGCAAUCCACUGUUGAUGAUAGUGGUAUCAUUACAGUCAGUGUGGCGAACUCACCACAAAGUCAAAGGCAGCAAAACAGACCCAGAAUCAAUAGAAACAACUUAAACACCUCAAAUAUUCGCCAAGAAAUACUUAACUUGAAACCAUCAGCAAGACAAAAAUACAGGAUGAAUAAAGAAAUAUUUGCCAGAAAUGCAACUGGUGUCAGCCUCAGUGACCGUUUUGCCUCAGAAUCAGAUGGAGAUAGACGCGUUUAUCUGUAGAUGAUGAACAUAUCCAGUCUUUAAGUUGGAAAAUUUAGUGAGAAAGCAUGGAAGAAACGGACUUCCUAUUAUGAAACUUGGUGAAGUCAGAGGGAAAGAGACAGUAGUGAUAUUGACAAGGUGCUCUGCGACGCAUGCAUCAUCAUUCAUGUUGCGAGGUUGUUUGAUUAAAAUUUUUUGCUAUUGUACAUUUUCAAGA